AAGUUAAAGGGGUAUAUAUAUAUAUAUAUAUAUAUAUAUAUAUAUAUAUAUAUAUAUAUAUAUAUAUAUAUAUAAAAUAAUCAAUGUUAACGUAUUCAUAAACAGAGCUACCACCUUUCCGGGCAACAACCAUAUUCCACAUUAAAAAUACUAACAGCCUAAAAGCAACAACAUAAAGCAAUGGGGGACGAUUUUGUUGAAGCUUUUUCAAAUAUGAAUUUGGAACAGAAUCGCAGACGCAAACGUGGUCGCGGGCGAGAAAGACCCAAUAAACUCUAUAUUCUAAGAGGUCUUCCCGGAUCAGGAAAAUCCCAUUUAGCAAGAGAAAUAAAAAAUCAGUUUGGCUCUGCAGAAAUAUUAAGCACAGAUGACUAUUUCAUAAAUGAAGAUGGAGAGUAUAUAUUUCGCGGAUAUUUACUGAAACAAGCACAUGCAUGGAACAGAGAGAGAGCAAGAAGUGCAAUGGAAGAAGGACUGUCUCCGGUUAUCAUUGACAAUACCAACAUCCAUGCCUGGGAAAUGAAACCAUACGUAUCCAUGGCUCUUGAAUAUGACUAUCAAGUUAUUUUCAGAGAACCAGAAACAAGCUGGAAAUGGAAUGUUCACAAAUUGCACAGAAAAACUGGAAAUGGGGUCCCUUUAGGUACAAUCCAAAGAAUGCUGAAUGAUUUUGAAGAGGUGUCAAAUAUACAUGAGGUGUUGAAUUCCCAAAAGCCUAGGAGAUAUUACCAAGGAGAAGACUACUGGAGUUAAAUCACAGAAGUGGAUAUCGACCAAUCAAUAUUUAGGAACUGUGGAUAUCGACCAAUCAAUAUUUAGGAAUAAUUAGAAUUCACUGAAUUUAUAAUCUAACAUUUACUGACUGUUAUUUACUCAGACACCUAUCCUGCUUGCCUAUUCACAUUGUUUGCUUGCUGAUUUAAGAGCAUUAAAUCUAUAGAUAUUCUAUAGAUAUAAAUUACGCAAUUGAUGACUGCAUUCUUUUCCAUUCAAUGGAUAUUUACAUUGAAGCAGAUACAUUAUCUGAAUAUUAUUGAUUGCUGAAAAGUAGUGUACUGAUUUAUUCUAUUUUGAUACUAUCUUCUUUUCUACUUUUGUACCCUGUCUAUUUUCAAAAAUAUUCUGUUAAAAUUCUUAAAAGAUA